AUGGUCUCCAAUAGUGGUCCGCCUUUGCCUAUGCCUAUGCAAGUUCCUCCUGGCCAUUUAGUUCAACAAAUUGUUGAUGAAGAAGGCAUUCUUACUCAUGUCAUUUUAUCACCCUAUCCUACUCCCCCAUUGCCAAUGGUUGCAACUGGUCAUUUACAACCUCAUCAUCACCAUCAUCGUCAUCUUCAUCCUUUAUUAACAUCUCCGGGUAUACCAAGUAAUGAAGGUCUAAUCCACAUAAAUCCGUAUGCAUCACAACACCCACAACCUAUUCCUGGUCAUUCAAUACAUCCAUUUCCACCUCCACCUUUUAUUCAUCCACAUUUCCCGCAUUUUCAUCAACAAUUUCAUGUUCAUUCAGCGCAUCCUCAUGUCUGUGGUAUUGCUGAUGGUGACAGUAAUGUUUCAACAAAAUAUCCUAUUACCUCUGAAAUCAUAGAUGAUAAACUCAUUGUGAUACAUCAAUAUGUAGAUCAACAUAUUUAG